CAUCCCAUCUCAUGCAUGGCUGCCAGUAAUGGUCUACUGGGUGUCAGCUUUUAUUUGCAGGACACAACAAGUGCCAAGGGCUGCUGCAUCGACUCCCCGAGCAGACUCGGCCUCUAUAAAAGCAAGCAAAAUGCUUCAGUCGAGCACAGAAACAUAGAAAUGUUAGGCUGGAAAGAGGAAGUACAGUGGAGAGGGGAGGGACCGAGGGCAGAGUUCCAUGGGGCUGCCGCAGCGCUUCGAACUUCUACACAUGGAGCGGGGGGGAGUUGGAAGAACUUCAUAUUGCAAACUCAAGGAAUAGCAGAGUACCUGCACCGAAUGGAGACGGAGGAGGCACAGGAGAUGUCUCAGACGCCAGGCAGGGACAGCCCCCCUCCCAAUGAUGUGUCUGAGGACCAAGACGAGGCCAUGCCCGUCCCAGAGGACCUGUCUGCCAGCUCCAAUUUGCAGCACAACAAUAGGGGUGACAAAGGAGGCAUGGCCUGUAACAUUAAAGUUGAGGCUCGCAGUGACGAGGAGAAUGGGCUCGCCUUUGACAUGAUGAUGAAUGGCGAGGAGGAGGAGGAGGAGUGUGCGGAAGACUUGCGCGUGCUCGAUGCCUCGGGGGCCAAACUGAACGGUUCCCAUGCAGGCGGCCCCGACAGCAAGGGCCCCUACUCCUCGGCCGGGGGUAUUCGCCUGCCCAACGGGAAGCUCAAGUGUGAUAUCUGUGGGAUAGUUUGCAUUGGCCCCAAUGUGCUGAUGGUGCACAAGCGAAGCCACACUGGAGAACGUCCGUUCCAGUGCAGCCAGUGUGGUGCUUCUUUCACCCAGAAAGGCAACCUGCUGCGCCACAUCAAGCUCCACUCAGGAGAGAAGCCCUUCAAGUGUCACCUGUGCAACUACGCCUGUCGCAGGAGAGAUGCCCUCAGCGGUCACCUGCGCACCCACUCUGUUGGAAAGCCCCACAAGUGUGCCUACUGUGGGCGGAGCUACAAGCAGCGUAGCUCUCUGGAGGAACACAAGGAGCGGUGCCACAACUACCUCCAGUGUAUGGGGCUGCAGAACAGCAUCUAUACAGUAGUAAAGGAAGAAAGCAACCAGAAUGAGCAGAGGGAAGACUUAAGCCAGACGGGAUCUGAGAGAGUCUUGGUGCUAGAAAGACUAGCUAAUAAUGUAGCCAAACGUAAGAGCACUAUGCCACAGAAGUUUGUAGGUGGGAAGCGUCUCUCCGACCUCUCCUUCGAGGGCAACCCCGGGGAACUGAUGCAGCCUCAUGUCAUCGACCAGGCCAUCAACAGCGCCAUCAGCUACCUGGGUGCCGAGUCCCUGCGACCUCUCAUCCAGACCUCCCCAACCUCCUCUGAAGUGGGGGUCAUUGGCUCCAUGUACCCCCUCCACAAGCUGCCUCCAGAGGGACAAGGGGCGGGGGGCCACGGCCUGUCAGCCAAGGACAGCGCAGCUGAGAAUUUGCUGCUGCUCGCCAAGUCCAAAUCAGCCUCCAGCGAGAAGGACGGCUCCCCCAACCACAGUGGCCAGGAUUCCACUGACACGGAGAGCAACAAUGAAGAGAGGGCAGGUGGCGGGGCAUCGGGCCUCAUCUACCUGAACAACCACAUCAUGCCUGUGGUGCGUAAUGGCGUGUUGCCCCUGGCAAAGGAGGAACAGCAGCGGCAGUACGAGGCCAUGCGGGCCAGCAUCGAGAUGGCCUCAGAGGGGUUCAAGGUGCUGAGUGGAGAGGGGGAGCAGUUGAGGGCAUAUUGCUGUGAACACUGCCGCAUCCUCUUCCUAGACCACGUGAUGUACACCAUCCACAUGGGCUGCCACGGCUUCCGAGACCCCUUUGAGUGUAACCUCUGUGGCCACCGCAGUCAGGACCGAUACGAGUUUUCCUCACACAUGACCCGAGGGGAGCAUUGCUACUGAGUGGCCCACUGAACACACACUACCACACGAACACACACACGCUCACACAGACAUACCCCCACACACACUUGCUAUAUGAAAGUGGCGAUUUUUAUACAUUGUCAAGAAAUUGCAUGUUUGAAAAACAAAGAACAAGACUAGUUUAUGUUAACUUCACAUGUUCAGGAGGAAAAGGGAAACGAUUCAUCCAUCUGCUUUUUAGAAAAUAAAAGGUGGUAAAAUAACUGUUCAGUGAACAAAACAAACAACUUAAAAAAUUAUUGUGCUUCAGCAGUAAGUAUCAUGUGUCACAUACGGUAUAGUUUUAAGUCUACAUUAAAUAAAUGUCUGUUUUCUGAUAGCCUACCUGGAGAAAUACCUGAUAGCCUACCUGGAGAAAUAUCUGAUAGCCUACCUGGAGAAAUAUCUGAUAGCCUACCUGGAGAAAUAUCUGUAUAUUUUAUUCUAAAGAAUACAAUCAUAAAAUAAAGUUGGUUUUUAAAUGGCAAGGUAUUGCUUGACAUUUACGUAAGGGAUAAUCAACAAGAGGCUAUGCGUUCUAUGGAAAAUAAUGAAAGAUGUGGAAGGUGUGUUCCACAACACGGCAGAGGAGUGGAACUAAACCUUCCACUGAGUUGCAUUAUUAUCCAGAGAACGCAUAGAGCACCAAGUUGAAUAUCUCUUUUAUACCAUGGCUGUAAUUUAGCACAUUUGACACAAGACAUGUGUUACUUUGCAGGUAGAAAUGUGUUUCGACAUUCACUGUAGAUUUUACUAUAACUACAGCAGUUGAUGUGGUAACUAAACAAACAGACUUUUAAAAUGUAACCAGGCAAGUCAGUUAAGAACCAAUUCUUAUUUACAAUGACUGCCUACACCGACCAAACCCAGACGACGCUGGGCCAAUCGUGCACCGCCCUAUGGAACUCAAAAUCAUGGCCGGUUGUGAUACAGCCUGGAUUUGAACCAGGGUGUCUGUAAUUAGACCCCUGUGCCACCCAGGAGCCCAUGCCUGUUUAGCUAACCAAACCAUCAGUACUAGCUUGCUAUUAUGAAAAUUGGGAAUUCAACAAUACCAACAUUGUUUUCAAUUUGACUUUUGCUUUCAAAAUGAGCUCAAACAAAACAUGCAAGAAUGAACUAUAGAAUGAACUACAUCCAUAAGCUGUAUAUGUAAUAUACCGUGCAUUAUUUAACCAAUAACAACAAAAAAACACGCCCGAGGGGGUGUUAUAUAUGGUCAAUAUACCACAACCCCCGAGGUGCCUUAUUGCUAUUACAAACUGCUUACCAACAUAAUUAGAACAGUGAAAAUAAAUAUUUGGUCAUACCCGUGAUGUACCAUGGCUUUCAGCCAAUGAGCAUUCAGGGCUCGAACCACACAGUUUAUAAAGGCAAUUAUAAACUGGGUGGUUCGAAUGUUGAUUGGCUGACAGCUGUGGUAUAUCAGUCUGUAUACCACGGGUAUGACAAAACAUGUAUAUUUACUGCUCUCAUUACGUUGGUAACCAGUUUAUAAUAGCAAUAAAGCACCUCGGGGGUUUGUGGUAUAUGGCCAAUAUACUGUACCACGGCUAAGGGCUGUAUCCAGGCACCCAGUGUUGCAUCGUGCUUAAGAACAGCCCUUAGCCGUGGUAUAUUGGCCAUAUACUGUACCACACCCCCUCUGGACUUAUUGCUUAAAUAAUGCACGCUCUAGAAUGCCCUUCAAGCCAAUCAGAAAUGAGAAUUCAACAAUGCCGUGGUAUAAAGUUUUUUAUGCAUUAUUUAUGCUGUGUACACAUGCAUGUGUUUCUUUUUGUAAUUUAUAUCGAGUGUUAUUUACUGAAAUAUAUUUUUGUUUGAUAUAAAGUAUGGAUGGUAUUCAGUUUUGUCCCAGCUUUUGACCUGGCAGAGAAAAUGUUACUCUCAAUUUGAACUGAACUUUUAAAGUAACUUUACUCAUACUGUAUAUCAUGCUUGCAAAUAUCAAUAAAGGAUAUUUUACAUACCCCAAAAUAA